GUCUCCCCGUGGAGGGCGGCGGGGCGGCUGGGACCCGUGGCGGCGGCGGCGGUGGCGGCAGCCUCGGCAGCAUGGAUUGGGGUACCGAGUUAUGGGAUCAGUUUGAGGUGCUGGAGCGCCACACGCAGUGGGGGCUGGACCUGUUGGACCGAUACGUGAAGUUCGUGAAGGAGCGCGCCGAGGUGGAGCAGGCCUACGCCAAGCAGCUGCGGAGCCUGGUGAAAAAGUAUCUGCCCAAGAGAUCUACCAAAGAUGACCCAGAGUUCAAGUUUAGCCAGCAGCAGUCCUUCGUCCAGCUUCUGCUGGAGGUCAACGAUUUUGCAGGCCAGCGGGAGCUGGUGGCUGAGAACCUCAGUGUCCGCGUGUGCCUCGAGCUGGCCAAGUAUUCCCAGGAGAUGAAGCAGGAGAGGAAGAUGCACUUCCAGGAAGGCCGACGGGCCCAGCAGCAACUGGAGACUGGCUUUAAGCAGCUGGAGAAUAGUAAGCGGAAGUUUGAGCGGGACUGCCGGGAGGCCGAGAAAGCAGCGCAGACCGCCGAGAGGCUGGAUCACGACAUCAAUGCCACCAAGGCCGACGUGGAAAAGGCCAAGCAGCAAGCCCACUUGAGGAGCCACAUGGCAGAGGAAAGCAAGAACGAGUAUGCCGCCCAGCUUCAGCGCUUCAACCGAGACCAGGCCCACUUCUACUUCUCACAGAUGCCUCAGAUAUUUGAUAAACUGCAGGACAUGGACGAACGCCGGGCCACCCGCCUGGGGGCUGGGUAUGGGCACCUCUCUGAGGCUGAGCUGCAGGUGGUACCCAUCAUUGGAAAAUGCUUAGAAGGGAUGAAGGCGGCUGCAGAUUCUGUGGAUGUCAAGAAUGACUCCCUGGUCCUCAUAGAGCUUCACAAGUCAGGUUUUGCCCGGCCGGGUGAUUUGGAAUUCGAAGACUUCAGUCAACCCAUGAACCGUGUCCCUUCAGACAGUAGCCUGGGCACCCCUGAUGGCCGCUCUGAACUCCGAGGCCCUGGCCGAAGCCGUGCCAAGCGCUGGCCCUUUGGCAAGAAGAACAAGCCGCGUCCCCCACCCUUGUCCCCCCUGGGGGGUCCCCAACUCUCUGUCUUAUUUAAUGGACCCCCAUCCCCUCGUUUGGGCCGCGACCCCUUGGCCAUACUGAGUGAGAUCAGUAAGUCGGUCAAACCGCGGCUAGCGUCCUUCCGCAGCUUCCGAGGCAGCCGAGGGGCAGUGGUGAGCGAAGACUUCAGCCACCUGCCCCCUGAGCAGCAGAGGAAGCGGCUGCAGCAGCAGAUAGAGGAGCGCAACCGGGAGCUGCAGAAGGAGGUGGACCAGAGGGAAGCCCUGAAGAAGAUGAAAGAUGUCUAUGAGAAAACACCCCAGAUGGGGGACCCCACCAGCUUGGAGCCCCGGAUCACAGAAACCCUGAACAACAUUGAACGACUCAAGUUGGAAGUACAGAAGUAUGAGGCAUGGCUGGCAGAAGCGGAAAGCCGGGUCCUGAGCAAUCGAGGGGACAGCUUGAGCCGCCAUGUUCGGCCUCCUGACCCCCCAACCACUGCCCCACCAGACAGCAGCAGCAGCAGCAACAACAGUGGGUCCCAAGAUAACAAAGAGAGCAGCUCCGAAGAGCCCCCUUCGGAAGAGGGCCAGGAUACUCCUAUCUACACAGAGUUUGAUGAGGACUUCGAAGAGCCGGCGUCACCUAUAGGCCACUGCGUGGCCAUUUACCACUUUGAAGGAUCCAGCGAAGGCACCAUCUCCAUGUCUGAGGGGGAAGACCUCAGUCUGAUGGAAGAGGACAAGGGGGACGGAUGGACACGGGUCAGGCGGAAACAAGGAGGUGAGGGCUAUGUGCCCACCUCCUACCUGCGAGUCACACUCAACUGAACCCCACCAGAGGCAAGAAGAGGGGGGCUGUCAGCUGCUGCUUCUGGGCCACGGGGUGCCCCAGGAUCUAUGCACUUUAUAUUUCUGCCCUCGAGGCUUCGGCUGAGAUCUGUGUAACCUGCUGUCCCCCCUCCCAUCUCACCUGUUACCCCACAGGGACCCACUGUGCCUUCCCGCAACGAUGUACAUACUUGUGGUUUAAGAUCUUUUCUUCUUGCUGCUUGGCUUAGGCCAAGCUUUGUUUUAUAUUAAAAACAAACAAACAAA